AUGGGUAUCUUCGAUAAGUUACAAGCCAAAAUCGAGCUCUACCGACUAGAGCAGCGGUAUGCUCGUCGUAAGCACCGCAGCACAUUCUCGGGGGUCCAAUACGUCGACGGUGAAUAUGUCUAUACCAGCGGAUCGAACUCCUCCUCGGGAACCGUCUCCAAACACUCGACAGGCAGCUGGAAGAAGCCUCCCACCUGGGGUUCCUCCGGAGAAUCACGAUGGCGGUAA